AUGCCGCACACGAACAGAUUUUCCCGUUCAAAUCGAGGAUCCAUGAAGAACGACAAAUUAAGUGCCAAGCGGGUGAAGCAGAAAAAAAAAUUGGAACGAAAGGACCUCGAGCAGAAGUCUCUGGAAGAGCUCGACUCUCGUUACGAGGAAUUGCUCAAAGUUAUUUUUUACACUUUCUUUGACCGGAAAGUACCGAAGAACCUGAUGCUUUUCCAGGAAUUUUAGUAAAUGAUUAUGUCUGGAAAUUAUAUAAGACUUAAUAUCGCAAAUGCUCUCAAAAGUGUAUUUCCUCCUGUAGGUUUUUUUUGCAUUUAAGACUUCAUCAAAGGUUAUCUCUUAAUUGGAUUUUCGAAGAGCAAGAUUGAGUCAUUUGCAAAUUUUGAUGAUCAUUUUUCAGUUUGCCAAAAUGGUUGAAUAAUCUUAAACCGUCAAAAGUUGAUAUAAAACCAAACAUUUGAAUCAAUUAUUGAUUUUUUGGUUCACCAGUCUGCUGUUGGUAUAGAUUUAGGAUAAUUCUACAAGAAAAUAGGAGGCCUUUUUAUAAUUAUCAAGCUGAUCUGGUGAAUAACCUCAACAUUGAAGUUUGACCCAGAGAAACUCGGCGACAUUGAAAAAGUUCGACGACUUCCCGCUGUCUUGGAGGACUCUAGAAGGCCUCCGGGAAUGCGAGUACCUCGAACCAACGGAAAUCCAGCGCGACUCUCUCGUUUACUCUCUCAGCGGUGCAGAUGUCGUCGGAGCUGCCAAAACUGGAAGUGGGAAAACUCUCGCGCUUGUCAUCCCGGUCAGUGAUAAUAACAAUAAUAAUGAUAAGAAUAGGUUUAUUCACUGCAUACGAUAUAAAUUAUGUAUUUAAAGUAAUACAAGAGAAAAGGGCAAUAGGAUAGUGAUCGAUUCUAGGCCACAACAACGAGAACAUAUAGCUGACUCACGGCUAGCUUGAGCCAUCGAAAAAAGGGUCCUGACGCGAUAAAAAAAAAGGGUGCAAAAUUGUUUUUUCUGACUUCGAGGUGUCUCUGAUCGAUAAGCGAGACGUUUUGCAUUUUUUUUUUAACUUCAAGACCUUCUCCUAGUUUGCCAAAAAUUUUCACAAAUUUCCAGAGGUCUCUGGGAUGUUAAGUAUAAUUAUCUCUUUCGUAAGCAUACAUAGGAUAGUCUCGGUGUGUCCUAAAAAAGGGAUUGGACUUGGCAAAGAAACGAGAAAAUAGGGGGUGGGAGCUGGCAAAAGCCGUAAAAAAAUCAAACAUUCAUGUAUAAAAAAAUCAAGACUUCCUUUUUAAAGUUCGAUUGAUUGGCAGAAGCGACUUUUUUUUUAGUUAAAAAUGAUCAAAAAAACGCUUUUUAUUUUCGGAUUCAGCACCAUCGCAUUAGUCUAGUAAGACCUUUCAAUAUCAACUAGUGGGUGAAUAGGCUCCAGAGAGUGACUUGGUACCUGACACUGGCGCGCUCCAGUCUACCUCAGUGCUUCAAGGUUGACAUUGGAAGGUCGAACUACACUAAAUCUAUGCAGCUGAUCCGAAAAUAACAAUGAAAAUAAGAUAGAAAAUAUAAUAACUGCUCAUUUUUCAAGGUCCAGUUAAUAGCCUGAAGCGAUUCUUUUUCUUACUAGUUAGUUAAAAGUUAUCGGGAAAAAAAAACAAUUACUUUCACCUCCUCCGGCGUCUACCUUUAACUAGAUAAAAGGCUGUCGCCAGUCAUGCUCAUCCCAUAUAUGCUCGUAAUGAUACUGUUUUCGCAAAAGUAUGUUCCGAGCUUUUUUUUUUUUUUUUUUUGGGUUUUAUAAUUCAUUCUCUUGCCCAGUCUCUGUAUUUAAAAGACUUAUUUUUUUGAAGUAACCAUUAAUUACUUAUAGAAGAAGUCACAUUCAAGAAAGCAUUUUCGGCUGUGUCAUAUGAUACGCAUAAAUUUUGAAGAGUAGAGUUCUAUAAAUGAUUUGAGAGUUUCCCUUUAAGUUUUGCGUUUUUAGAAUGAUUUUACCGGAGAGUUUGUUGUCCUUGAGCCUAGUUUGAAGACCCAACGUGCUUUUUUUCAUUUGAACUAUGUACAUGGUUAAAUAGCAAGUUACAGGUACUGGAAUGUCUAUGGAAGGCGCGCUGGCAGUCGCAGUACGGACUGGGGGCUUUGGUGAUUUCGCCGACUCGCGAACUCGCUCUUCAGACUUUUUCGACAUUUAAUGCCGUCGGCAAGAAUCAUGACCUCUCUUGUGCUCUUCUUAUUGGAGGUAUAGUCUGUUGAGAUUCUGAAUGUCAAGCCGUUAACUCCGCGCCCGCUGGCACAGUACCUUUUUGUGUCGAUUAACUUUCGCACGAGACAAUUUUGAUCUUUAAUGAUCUAAAGCUAGAAAAUAAAUGCAGCACUAUUAAAGAAUCAUCGUCACGCGCGAUGAAACAUUGACGCAGAAGUUUUUGUAGCCAUGGGGCCGAGUUGACAUAGAAAAUCUGGGCAUACUAUCUAUUCUCUUCGUUGUGGUUCAGAAAUACGGCUUUUCGUGAAAGCGAAAAACUCGAAUAAUUCUAGAUCGCUACUUUCCAGUGACAUUGUCACAUACAGAUCAUUUCUCACACAUGCAGGUCAUUUCUCAAAACCUUGCUUCCGAGUUUUCUUUUGUAAUUGAGGGACUGUUGUCUCCCUGUGAGUAAACUCACUUUUACAUGUGUAGAAUUAUCUAGCCGUGCUUGAAACACCUAUUUUUAUAUUAUUUUUUUGCUCUGAUUUCCUGUAAGUUAACUUCGCCUUCUGACUAAUUGAGUAUUGUACUUGCACACGCAUACUUCCUAUAAACGAAGUGACGGUUGAAGGAAGCGACGUGGAGUACGAAAAAAGUCGCGUCGGCUCGGUGAACAUCGUAGUGUGCACUCCAGGACGAUUGCUCCAGCACAUGGACGAGAACGAGCGCCUUGUUUGCGACAGUCUUCAGAUGCUGGUCCUCGACGAGGCGGACCGAAUGCUCGACAUGGGUUUCGCUCAGCAGGUUUAACAGCUUCUCUUUCUUCUAAUUUCUCUUAUUACUGCAAUUGAAGCCUUCUUGUUAAAAGGAUACAAUCGAAUUCCUAAUAAGAAGGUUAUGUGUGAAAAUUGUCAAAGAGGUAUUGUUUCGGGGCAUUUGAGGGCAAACGAUAUCGGCAGAAAAAAAUUUUAUUGUUAAAAAAUGAAAUAUUUAUCGUGAAAUAAAAGAAACACAACUUUUGUUAAUUUUGACUUCGAUUUCAAGCCGAAAGCCGCGUCGCGUAUGUUCGCAACACUUCAGCUUUGUCAAUAAUUUUGUAUCGCCUUUAAGUAGGAAAAUAUUGACUUUUCCUGUCGAUAAAUUACCAUAAAAGCGAGUAGUUUCAGGUCCUUCAUUUUUCAUUUGAAUUUUUUUUCGCAAGUUCUAUUUGCUUUCGCACAUAUGAAAUUUUUCAAAAACUUGUUUCACUGUUAAACGUGCUUUUCCGCAGUUUUAAAAGAUAAAAAAAGCAAAACAUUCUGACGCAGGUAAAACAUUUAUUGAACAAGCAGUUUGCUAGAAAUCAUUAAGAUCUUUUUUCGCUGCAAGGGUUAACAUAGAGAAUAAAGAGACUUUGUUUUUGCAGAGAAACUGUUUUUUUUUACGGUGGUAUGAACUUUCCGACGGCCACCUUUCCGCCGAAUCUUUUUUUCCGACUUUUUUUCUCGAUAAACUCUUCGUUUUGAAUCUUCCUAUAUAAAUUAGGUAAUUUAUUCAUUGUCAAAACACAAAGAAAUAGGAAAAAAAAAAUGUUAAUAGAUGUUUAAUAAACCGAAAAAUAUAAGGAAAAAAUGUCGGAAAAAGAUUUGUCGGAAAGGUGGCCGUCGGAAAGUUCACUAGCGAUCUUUUUCAAAGUGGUAUGAAAAAAAGCCAAAAAAAAAUUUUUUUCGAAAUUUAGGCGCCAAUUCCUUUCCGACUUUUUUCCCUCAUAUUUUUCGGUUUAUAAAAUAUCUGUUAACCUUUUUUUUCUAUUUAUUUGUGUUUCAAUCAUGAAUAACUUGUCUACUUUAUAUAGAAAGAUUUAAAACGAAGAGUUUAUCGAGAAAAAAAGUUGAAAAAAAUUUCGGUGGAAAGGUGUGCCGUCGGAAAGUUCCCUAGCGAUGCGAAAAAAUCGGAAAAGUCGGCGUUCGAAUUUUGCUUGUCUUUUUUUCAUAACACCUUUUUUUUUACAUCUUUUCGGUUUUCAGUUGAACGCGAUCACGAGUAAUUUGCCGAGGGACCGUCAAACUUUGCUUUUCUCGGCAACUCAAACGCGCAACGUGAAGGAUUUGAGCCGAGUUUGCACUAAGGUUUUUUUUUCGAAAGCGGAAAAUGAUUUGAAAAUUAUUUUCAGGACCCAGUUCUGGUUUCAGUGCAUGAGAAAGCGGCGCAGGCGACUCCGGACAAUUUGAAGCAGUCGUUCAUUGUCCUCGAAGAGCAAGAGAAGCUCAACACCUUGUGGUCUUUCAUCGUGGCUCACAAGAAGAAAAAAAGCCUUGUUUUUGUCUCUAGCUGUAAGCAGGUUCAGUUGUCUAUGCUUUUUGUUAUAUAUGUUUAAACGGAUUUCAAAAAAAAACUUCAAGAAUUUAGAUGUGUAGGAGACAAUACCGAUUGCGUGAAAAUAGAUGAAAAAUAGAAAUUGUUGUUUUUUUUCUAAAGAAUUAACUCUCAACAAUCAACCAACAAAAAAAUCGUUCAACUCAGUCUGACGCUAAAAUUUGUAUCGGCGUCAAAAACUAGGAGACAUCUCCCAACUUUAUCGCACUCGGUUAUUCUGAUUGGAAAGAGAAACUGAUGGCGUGGAAAGAAAACAGUUUAUGACUUUUAUCGAGUUUUCAUGCAAUAUCGUUCAUAUAUAAUUUGGUUCAGAAAAUAUUUGAUGGUUUUCUGUAUGUAUAUCUUUUUCUACAAACGUGAUACCGAAAAAUUCACGAUAAUUUCUAUUUUGCGGUCUAAUCUUAUGAUGAAUCACAGGCGCGGUUUUUAACGGACGCGAUAUGUCAACUGCGUCCUGGUGUAUCUGUAUUGGGCCUCUGGGGGACAAUGAAUCAGAAGAAACGAAUCGAUGUUUUUCAAAAGUUCGACUCUCGGAAGGUUUUAUCUUUCCCAUAACUUUAAUUAGGGCAACUGUUGAAGGCAGCCGUGAUGAUUGCCACCGACGUAGCGAGUCGCGGACUUGACUUCGACCGCGUCGACUGGGUGAUUCAGGUGGACUGUCCACCGACGGUUGACGACUACAUUCACCGGUACCCUCGUUUCUUUUCUAUUUCAUACCUUCACGACUUUUCAGAGUGGGAAGAAGCGCUCGAAUGAACGAAAAAGGCGAGGCCGUGCUUUUUGUGACCGAGUCUCAGCGCGAUGGAAUGUUGGACAAGCUGCAGACUCAAAAAAUUCCAAUUGAAGAACUAGCGUCAGCCCAUUCCACACGCCUCUGAACCACUACGUUGUCUUUUCAGGAUCGACCCCAAACUGUUGACCGACAUCCGUGUGAAGCUGAGAAGCCUCCUUGCUCAAUCUCAGGAAAUCAAAGACUACGCCCAGAAGGUUUGCCAAGAAAAAUAAGUCAUUUUGGAAGAAUGAGCUUUUGAGAGCGUGGUGGCGUAUCUGCGAGCAGUUUUCAUGAUGAAAGAUAAAAAAGUUUUUGACGUCAAUACUAUCGACGCCGCUGCUCUAGCAGACUCUUACGGUCUAGUGUCCGUACCUCGCGUGCGUUUUCUCAACAAAAAACAGUCCAAGGUGAACAUUUUCUAUAGCGCCCAAUGUUUCCAUGCAUCCGUUUGUACAGAAUAAAGUUGAGACGGACGGAUCCGUUCAGAAAAAAUCCAAAAGAGAAGUGAAGAAAGACGAAGAUGAAGAGAGCGAUGCUGGUUCAAAGGAUAAAUAUGAAGUUUGGAAUCGAAAAAAGGAUCAGAUGAUAAUUUUUCUCUUUUUUCAGUCAUUGAUAGGACAGUUCGCGACAGACGACUUAAACGAAGCUGAUGAGGAUUUACUGACGAUUAAAAAGAAAGACGUUUUCAACGUGGAAACUGUUUGCGCGAGUGAGGAGGUGCUGCAGACGAAGCAGAUUGAAGGCGAUGAGAAGAUUUUGCUGAAACGGGGAACACUUAUACGCAAGCCGCUGACAAAACAGCAGGCGGCCAAGAAGAUCAUCAAGAAGAACAUCAAGGUGAACGCGAAGACGAAGUUUGAGUCGGACUCAGAAGACGACGGGGCUCGCGAACCGAGCACCUCUACUGCUCAGGAGCCUCUCCCCGGCGCAAUUCGUUCACAGGGGCUCGAUUUGGAAGAAGCCAAACAGGAACUGAAAAUGGCUGAUAAGGUUUCUUAGUUUGCUAUCCGGUUUAAACUGGUCACAUUUUUAGGAGGACCGUCGUCGUUUCCGAGAACUGCGACAGAAAAGAAAAGCCGACAAGCUGGCCAAAAAGGCAGCAAAAAGGUUUUAUCCAGUGAUCCGGAAUGAAGUGCGUUCUUUCUUUUCAGAAAAGCUGAAGAUAUGGAGGAGGAUAGCGAUGGCGAAGGACCUGACCUCGACUGGCUGCCGGAUCCGGACGAGGUCCGCAAGCGCUACCGACAAGAGGAGUCGCCUUCGGGUACAGCUGUUUUCGCUUCCGAAAUCGAAAGAGUUUUCAGACGAAGAAGACGUCCAAGCGAAGUCUUCGACUUUCUCAGCCGACGCUCUUCACGCCGCCGAGUUGGCUGCAUUGGAUUUGUUGAGAAAGAGCUCAUAG